GAGAGAGGACUGGCACGGGGCCAGGCACUACGGGGAAGAUGCUGCGCGAGCGGACGGUGCGGCUGCAGUACGGGAGCCGCGUGGAGGCGGUGUACGUGCUGGGCACGUACCUCUGGACCGAUGUCUACAGCGCAGCCCCAGCCGGGGCCCAGACCUUCAGCCUGAAGCACUCGGAGCGCGUGCAGGUGGAGGUGGUGCACGACAGGCAGCCUGAGGAGGUGGCCGCUGACGGCAAGCAGCGCUGGCCUCUCUCGCCCAGCACCACGCUGCGGCUCACCAUGAGCCAGGCGAGCGCCGAGGCCAGCAGCGACAAGGUCACCGUCAACUACUAUGAGGAGGAUGGGGUCACCCCCAUCGACCAGGCUGGGCUCUUCCUCACGGCCAUUGAGAUCUCCUUGGAUGUGGAUGCAGACCGGGAUGGCGUGGUGGAAAAGAACAACCCAAAAAAGGCAUCCUGGACCUGGGGCCCUGAGGGGCAGGGAGCCAUCCUGCUGGUGAACUGUGACCGAGACACACCCUGGUUGCCCAGAGAGGACUGUAGCGAUGAGAAAGUCUACAGCAAGGAAGACCUCAAGGACAUGUCCCAGAUGAUCCUGCGGACCAAAGGCCCCGACCACCUCCCCACCGGAUACGAGAUCGUUCUCUACAUUUCCAUGUCGGACUCGGACAAAGUGGGCGUGUUCUACGUAGAGAACCCGUUUUUCGGCCAGCGUUAUAUCCACAUCCUGGGCCGCCGGAAGCUCUACCACGUGGUCAAGUACACGGGCGGCUCUGCUGAGCUGCUGUUCUUCGUGGAAGGCCUGCGUUUUCCCGACGAGGGCUUCUCGGGCCUGGUCUCCAUCCACGUCAGCCUGCUGGAGUAUAUGGCCGAGGAGGUCCCCCUGACACCCAUCUUCACGGACACCGUGACAUUCCGGAUUGCUCCGUGGAUCAUGACCCCCAACACCCUGCCUCCUUUGUCGGUGUUUGUGUGCUGCAUGAAGGACAAUUACCUGUUCCUGAAAGAGGUGAAGAACCUGGUUGAGAAAACCAACUGUGAACUGAAGGUCUGCUUCCAGUACAUGAACCGGGGAGAUCGCUGGAUCCAGGAUGAAAUCGAGUUUGGCUACAUCGAGGCCCCCCACAAAGGCUUCCCUGUGGUUCUGGACUCCCCCAGAGAUGGAAACCUGAAGGAUUUCCCAGUGAAACAGCUCCUGGGCCCAGAUUUUGGCUACGUGACCCGGGAGCCCCUCUUUGAGCCUGUCACCAGCCUUGAUUCCUUUGGGAACCUAGAGGUCAGUCCGCCAGUGACCGUGAAUGGCAAGACAUACCCCCUGGGCCGGAUCCUCAUCGGGACCAGCUUUCCUCUGUCUGGUGGUCGGAGGAUGACCAAGGUGGUGAGGGACUUCCUGCAGGCCCAGCAGGUGCAGGCACCCGUGGAGCUCUACUCGGACUGGCUGACCGUGGGCCAUGUAGAUGAGUUCAUGACAUUCGUCCCCAUCCCAGGCACAAAGGAAUUCCGGAUGCUCAUGGCCAGCACCUCGGCCUGCUACAAGCUCUUCCGAGAGAAGCAGAAGGAGGGCCAUGGGGAGGCCAUCAUGUUCAAAGGCUUGGGCGGGAUGAGCAGCAAGCGAAUCACCAUCAACAAGAUCCUGUCCAACGAGAGCCUCGUGCAGGAGAACCAGUACUUCCAGCGCUGCCUGGACUGGAACCGCGACAUCCUCAAGAAGGAGCUGGGGCUGACGGAGCAGGACAUCAUCGACCUGCCUGCCCUCUUCAAGAUGGACGAGGACCGCCAGGCCAGAGCCUUCUUCCCAAACAUGGUGAACAUGAUUGUGCUCAGCAAGGACCUGGGCAUCCCCAAGCCAUUUGGGCCCCAGGUUGAGGAGGUGUGCUGCCUGGAGACACAUGUGCGCUCCCUGCUGGAGCCCCUGGGGCUCUGCUGCACCUUCGUGGAUGACAUCUCCGCCUACCACAAAUUUCUGGGGGAGGUGCACUGCGGCACCAACGUACGCAGGAAGCCCUUCACCUUCAAGUGGUGGCACAUGGUACCCUGACCUGCAGGGGGCUGUUGUGUGCCUGUCACAGCCCAUCAACAACCAGUGUUGAGGCUGGACCAACCCUUGUGGGUUUUAUUAUGAUUACAAAAUGCGCUUCAGCAAUAACUAUCAGGAAACUUGGGGGGAAACGUUUAUUACUUUUCAUUUUAUUUUUACUUACAGGACCUGGAAAUAACCUGGCACACCUGGGGCCACACAGUGAGGUCAUGGGGAGAGAGAGAGAGAACCCACGGAACUGGGGUUCUGCUUUUAUGGGAGUUGAGGGUGAGGGCCUAGGAUUUCGAGGACUCACUCUUUAUUGGUGAAUUUAAAGCAUAAGAGUGGGAAUUUAAAGCGAGGAACGAGGAAAAAGGCAGGUGGCCCAAAUGAUCAGUUAUCAAAAGCAAUCAAGAUCUCUAAAAGAAAGGAGCCUCAGUGGGGGGAGGCGGCCUGGCUCUUCAUCUAGUUGUGUGGCUGGCAACGUGUUUACUCAAGAUCGCCAUGUUUGAAGUGGAUGUUCAGCAAUCAGAGCUGAGUCAGGCCCUCGUAUUAAAAGAAGG